ACUUGCUAUACUAAAAUGUUGUGUUAAUUGUCCAUGUUAUUUUUGAAGAAGAGGAAGAAUUUUUGAUGUGGAAACAGUGAAAUAAGCUUAAGAACCGUGGCGGUUCUUGUGUUCUUAAAAAGCAUUACAGUGUUACUGCCAUCUAUGUACAAAAGACAACUUCACGUGUGUGACAGAUGGGCUAUGUUUUACCUCAGUGACACGAACUGCAGACAAAGUCAUACACAACAGUAUGUGUAUAGCAGAAAUCGAUCUGAUUCCCCGAGACAGGCCGUUUGUUUGUGCCCCCUCCUCCAGAGAUGGAGUCAUUACUGUGCCUCAUUGCUGUGACAGAGACCACUGCAAUAAAAUAGAACUUCCAAUUCCAACACCAGGCCCUACUCCAGGAAAACCAGCUUCUAAUCUAGGACCUGUGGAACUGGCUGCUGUCAUUGCUGGACCUGUCUGCUUUGUCUGCAUUUCACUAAUGUUGAUUCUAUAUCUUUGUCAUAACCGUACUGUAAUUCAUCAUCGUGUGCCAAGUGAAGAAGAUCCCUCACUGGAUCGUCCCUUUAUAUCCGAAGGAACUACUUUAAAGGAUUUAAUUUAUGAUAUGACAACUUCAGGCUCCGGGUCAGGUUUACCUUUACUUGUGCAAAGAACAAUUGCAAGAACUAUAGUACUUCAAGAAAGCAUUGGUAAGGGUCGCUUUGGAGAAGUCUGGCGAGGGAAGUGGAGAGGAGAAGAAGUUGCUGUGAAGAUCUUCUCUUCAAGAGAGGAACGCUCAUGGUUUCGCGAAGCAGAAAUUUAUCAAACAGUUAUGCUACGACAUGAAAACAUUCUUGGAUUUAUAGCAGCAGACAACAAAGACAAUGGUACAUGGACUCAGCUGUGGUUGGUGUCAGACUAUCAUGAGCAUGGAUCACUCUUUGAUUACCUGAACAGGUAUACAGUAACAGUGGAAGGAAUGAUAAAAUUAGCUUUGUCCACUGCCAGUGGUCUUGCUCAUCUUCACAUGGAAAUUGUUGGCACGCAAGGCAAACCAGCGAUUGCCCACAGAGAUUUGAAAUCAAAAAAUAUAUUGGUAAAGAAGAAUGGAACAUGCUGCAUUGCGGACCUAGGGUUGGCAGUUAGGCACGAUUCUGCUACAGACACAAUUGAUAUUGCCCCAAACCACAGAGUGGGAACAAAAAGGUACAUGGCACCUGAAGUUCUAGAUGAUUCCAUAAAUAUGAAACAUUUUGAGUCAUUCAAACGAGCAGACAUCUAUGCAAUGGGAUUAGUGUUUUGGGAAAUAGCUCGGCGAUGUUCAAUCGGUGGAAUCCAUGAAGAUUACCAGUUGCCGUACUAUGACCUCGUUCCUUCAGAUCCUUCUGUUGAAGAAAUGAGGAAAGUUGUGUGUGAGCAGAAGUUAAGGCCCAAUAUUCCAAACAGAUGGCAGAGCUGUGAGGCAUUACGAGUAAUGGCAAAAAUUAUGCGGGAAUGCUGGUAUGCCAACGGAGCUGCUAGGCUAACAGCUUUGCGCAUUAAGAAAACAUUAUCGCAACUUAGUCAACAGGAGGGGAUAAAGAUGUAAUCCUGGAUUUGCUACCGAGGAAUACUGUAAAAAUCCAUAUCUGCACCAGAGUGGCGUGUUAAGAAGGUUAAUUGUUCUACCUCAUUGGGGGAACAGAAGGAUAUUGCUGCCUUUUAGUACUUCAUAGGAACGUCACUUACUAGGAUUUUUGUGGACGUGCUAAACAGUUGUGUUGGGUCCUUUCUGUGCACUAUGAACCUCUUUCCCAGGUUACUUACAAAACAUUGUGUAGUCUAGUUUUAUUUUAAUUAACCUAUAAUUUUUUAUUUGGAAAGUUGAUAGCUGGUCUUAACUUCUUUAACUGUGCUAAAAAUAGGAGGUCACUUUUAAAAUGGAACUGGUUCACUGUAUUGUUCUAGAGUGCAUUGAUGGCUCUCUAAGCAGCUUUAUUCCUGGCUGGUACAUUGACUAUUCUGAACCACUGUCACGGUUCUUUGAUUCAGAUUGUGAAUGUACUGUUGGAGUAUACUUUGCUAGCUAUUAAGGUAGUAUAUCUCUUGGACUCUUACCUUGAUUUACAAAUUGACCUCAUUCAGUUGUGGGAACAUAAUUUAUGCAACUAUA